AUGGAAAUCAUUACGGAGAGGUUCUACUCGAACCUUUUUCGUUCAUCAAUUCCUGUGUCAAGCCCGAUUAUCCCCACUGGUGAAGCUCCACCACGGAUUCUCCCUUCAGAAGUACGAGUCGCUAUGAAGAGCAUGAAACCUGACACAGCCCUCGGACCUGAUUUUAUAUCAACAGAAUUUCUUCGGGCUGGUAGCCAUCCACUUCAUGUGAUCUUAGCAGCGCACAUGACAUCCUACCUUCAGAAAGAAAGGAUCCCAGACCAGUGGAAGACCUCGCGAACCGUUCUUAUCCAUAAGAAGGGUGACCGAGAGAACCUUCGGAACUACCGUACGAUAUGCUUGCUGAGCGUGUUAUACAAAGUAUUCACCAAGAUCAUCCUCACGCGCAUAUUUAGGACGCUGGAUGAAGCCCGGCCUCAAGAACAGGCUGGAUUCCGUCAGGGGUUCAGCUUGUUCUUGAGGACCACAUCCAGACCGUGUCGAGGGUCAUAG